AUGGCCGGCCUCAGGCUGCGCGGGCUGGCGGCCUCCAAGCUCUAUCAGCGCCGGCAGGAUCGGCUGAUUUCAUUGAGGUUAAUUUUGGGCAGGAGAGAAAUUACUAAUAUGUCUGAUGCUCUCGCGAAUGCAGUAUGUGAACGCUGCCAGACUCGAUUUGAUCCUGCAGAGAGGAUUGUGAACAGUAACGGGGAGCUCUAUCAUGAAAACUGCUUUGUCUGUGCUCAGUGUUUUCGUCAGUUCCCAGAUGGACUUUUUUAUGAGUUUGAAGGUCGGAAGUACUGUGAGCAUGACUUUCAGAUGCUGUUUGCUCCUUGCUGCGGGGAAUGUGGCGAGUUCAUUAUUGGGCGUGUUAUCAAGGCGAUGAACAAUAACUGGCACCCAGAAUGUUUCCGCUGUGAGCUCUGCGAUGUAGUACUUGCUGACCUGGGUUUUGUGAAGAAUGCUGGCAGGCAUCUGUGUAGGCCGUGCCAUAACCGUGAAAAAGCUAAGGGACUGGGCAAGUACAUCUGUCAGAAGUGCCACUUGAUAAUUGAUGAGCAACCUCUGAUGUUUAGGAACGAUUCCUACCAUCCGGAUCACUUCAACUGCACCCACUGUGGGAAGGAGCUGACUGCUGAGGCCCGGGAGCUGAAGGGAGAGCUGUAUUGCCUGCCCUGCCACGACAAGAUGGGAAUCCCCAUCUGCGGAGCCUGUCGCAGGCCCAUUGAGGGACGAGUGGUCAAUGCUCUGGGGAAGCAGUGGCAUGUUGAGCAUUUUGUUUGUGCCAAAUGUGAGAAGCCGUUUUUGGGGCAUCGACAUUAUGAGAAAAAAGGACUGGCGUAUUGCGAAACUCACUAUAAUCAGCUCUUUGGAGAUGUCUGCUACAACUGCAGCCACGUGAUAGAAGGAGAUGUGGUAUCAGCUCUUAACAAAGCCUGGUGUGUGAAUUGCUUCUCCUGCUCCACCUGCAACAUCAAGCUCACACUGAAGAAUAAGUUUGUGGAGUUUGACAUGAAGCCUGUUUGCAAGAAGUGCUAUGAGAAAUUCCCUCUGGAGCUGAAGAAACGCCUGAAGAAGUUGUCAGAGCUGGCAUCCAAGAAGGCACAUCCCAAAGCUCUGGAUUUAAACUCUGCUUAAACAGGUCUGUCAGUCUACUGACUGCACUCUUAGAGUCACAAGCUGCUGCUCACAGCAGCUGUUGAUUACAGAGGCAAUCACUAAGAACAAGUGAAACCAAAGAUAAGUAAUACCUUCCCCUGCUUCUGAUAACGUAGUUUGCAUCUUGACUAUCGUAUUUCUCAAGAAAUUGUCUAUUAACACUGGCAGAAAGAGGAAUAUGAUUUCUGCUGGAGCAGUUUACAGGCUGGUUAUUUGCUAGUAACAACUUACUCUGCCUUUGUGGAAUUGGACAC